AUGGAUCAGCUCACCCGUCAUCUGCUUGAUAAAGAAGUCAAGAAGUUCAUUGACUCGAUUGAGCCAUCUUUGGUCUGCAAAUUGGCUUCCUCCUUGCACCCUGAGAAGAAGUCGUGCCAGGUCUUCUCAGAUCCACAGAAAGGGAGCUAUAAUAUCUGCUUUCCAGUUGUUUUUACAGACGCAGGGGACCAGAUUCCCAAUGUCGAGUCAACUCAGAGUGCUGAACGAUGGAUGAUCCGAAUCCCCCUGCUCCCGCGUCUCGCAUUUCCCGAGGAAAAGAUGCGUGGCGAGAUUGCAACAAUGAAGUACAUUGCUGAGAAAACCACUAUCCCUGUCCCCCGUCUUUUUGAAUAUUCCAUCAACCGAGAUAACGUUCUUAAUCUUCCCUUUAUGGCCUUGGAGUACAUCACAGGCAAGGCUCUCCAUGGAACUGAUGUGCCAUGUCUUCCUGACGAGUUGAAGUCGCAUCUGUUCGACCAGCUUGCCGAUGUCUAUAUUCAACUCUAUCGCCAGCAGUUCGAUCAUGUCGGCGCUCUCACGCUGGACAGCAACGAUGAAAACUGGGUGUUUGAGCAUAACCGCCCGCUCACCAUUGAGCUGAAUGACCAGGAACUCAGCGGAAUGAAGAGUUCCGAGAUUAUCCCUGCUCACCAAACCUACAAUUCCACCAUUGAUUAUGCCUAUGCUGUCUUGAAAUUGAUUUUCAAUGAUUUUUACCGCGGAAAAGAUAGUGUUUUCGACAAGAAGGAUGCACGGAACUAUCUAUAUGGCAUAUUUGCGUCCCAGGGCAUUGUGAUGGAAUGGGUAGACCCAAAGGACAACCACGGGCCGUUCAUUCUCAUGCAUGGGGAUCUUCGACCUCCUAAUAUCUUUGUGGAUGCCGACCUGAACAUCAUCUCAGUCAUCGAUUGGGAGUGGAGUCACACGGUUCCACCGCAAAUGUUUGUCCCGCCCUCCUGGAUUACAGGCCAGGAGCUCCCAGCUGCCACUAAAAAGCCCUAUGACUUUGCCUUUACGGUCUACAUUUCUCAGUUCCAGCGAGCCGCGAAAGAGCGGGAGGACAAACAUUAUAACCCGGAUAACAAGCUGAAAUUUAUUCUUCCUCUGGUCAAACUUUGGAGCAAACAUCUCAUGUCAGAUACGGUGUUCAUUGCCUACGCGCUUUUAAAAUCAUGCUAUUUUGGGAAUGUCUACUGGAAUCUGUUGGAUGACAUGUACUACGGAGAAGACAGUGACAAAAGAGUGGAGGGCUUCUUUAAACUUUGUCUGCGGAAGCAACAAGAAGAAGAAUUGCAGAGAGUGCUGUCUGACCUUGAGGCUUUCCAGAAGGAAUUAGCACUGGCAGGAUUAGACCCAAUCGAACCGCUCAAGCCCCCAACACUUGAUCCAGCCAAAGGUAAGGAGGGUGCUGCUAUACACCAAGUAUGGAGGAAACCCAACCUUGAAAGAAUCGUUGCCCUAUUCUGUCGUUGGCUACCCUGCUCGCUGGUGGGUGUCAGUGUCUUCGUCUGCUGCAUCAUCGCCAAACGGCGGUAACAUGGGUUUGUUGUUUCAGGACAAUUUGAUCAUCAGCUUUGGAUCACUACAGGAAAAUAUUUGGAGGGUAUUGGGGAUGUAACACUAUUUUAUGGCUUGGUUUGGGUCCAUGAUCAAAAACAAAAGUCAUUUGCACAGGGUCCAAUGAUUGGAACACCCUCAGCCAACACCCUCUGAUGGAGUUGAACUGAAUUUGUUCACUUGGCAAUGAAAGCUUGAUCCAGCUCUCUUCUUUAAAGAAUAUUCAAUCUCUUGCUCACUUUGCAUUGAUCACUGCUGCUUCCUGGCUGGCAGUUCUCUGUAAAAUGCAGUUUUUAGAUAACCUGGGUAAGAUUUAGUAUGUUAAUAAAAUAACUGGAGGGAGGGUAGGGAAAAAGAGUAGAUGGUAGCUCUUACACCAAUUUUCAGCUUCCAUAUCUGACUGCAACCCUUGGGCGAUAUCACAACACAAUUUUGAUACUCUAUGCUCUUCUCCUUUCCUGAAGGGCCACAACCACAUUUC